UCUCUCUCUCUCUCUCUCUCUCUUUCGGGGUCUUCCUGCGGAUGGCGGCUGCUCUCCCGGAGGAGGAGGAGGACGGGGAGCUGCUGCUGCUCCCCUUCCGGAUACUGGCCGACGCCGAGGCGGCGGAGAGCUCCUCCUCCUCCUCCUCCAACCCGACGGACGCCGUCCUCUUCGUCGGGGUCUGCCUCGUGCUCGGGAUCGCCUGCCGCCACCUCCUCCGCGGCACGCGCGUGCCUUACACCGUCGCUCUCCUCGUCCUCGGCAUUGCUCUCGGAUCCAUCGAGUAUGGUACGCAUCAUCACUUGGGGAAGAUAGGGGAUGGCAUUCGUCUUUGGGCAGGUAUUGAUCCUGACCUUCUCUUGGCUGUUUUUCUGCCGGCCCUUCUUUUCGAAAGUUCAUUUUCAAUGGAAAUACAUCAAAUAAAGAGGUGUAUAAUGCAAAUGAUUUUGCUAGCGGGUCCUGGUGUUCUCAUAUCAACUUUCUGUCUUGGGUCUGCCCUGAAGCUCACUUUCCCAUACGACUGGAAUUGGAAAACUUGUCUGCUGCUUGGGGGACUUCUGAGUGCUACUGAUCCAGUUGCUGUAGUUGCUCUGUUGAAAGAGCUUGGUGCUAGCAAAAAACUAAGUACCAUAAUUGAGGGAGAGUCCUUGAUGAAUGAUGGGACAGCGAUCGUGGUUUAUCAGCUAUUUUUUAAGAUGGUUCUUGGCAAGAGUUUUAACUGGGCAUCCAUACUAAAGUUUCUAACUGAAGUCUCACUUGGCGCUGUAUGCAUAGGUCUUGCCUUUGGAAUAAUUUCUGUGUUAUGGCUCGGGUUUAUUUUCAACGAUACAGUGAUAGAAAUUACUUUGACGCUGGCUGUGAGCUACAUCGCUUACUUCACGGCUCAAGAGGGCAUCGAUGUUUCUGGUGUUUUGACAGUGAUGACUCUAGGAAUGUUCUAUGCUGCAGUUGCUAAAACAGCCUUUAAGGGUGACGGUCAAGAAAGUUUACAUCACUUUUGGGAGAUGGUUGCUUACAUUGCCAAUACAUUGAUUUUUAUCUUAAGUGGAGUUGUAAUUGCUGAAGGUGUUCUCAGUGGUGGAGAGAUUUUUGAACAUGGAACUUCAUGGGCAUACCUCAUUCUUCUUUAUGUUUUUGUACAAGCAUCACGUCUUGUAGUUGUCACAGUCUUAUUUCCAUUUCUGCGUUACUUUGGCUAUGGUUUGGACUGGAAAGAAGCCACUAUUCUCACUUGGUCUGGAUUGCGUGGGGCUGUUGCCUUGUCUCUCUCCCUUUCAGUUAAGGGCUCUAGUGGCAGCUCAGCAUCUCUCAGUACUAAAACAGGGACUCUGUUUGUCUUUUUCACUGGUGGAAUUGUCUUCUUAACUCUUAUUGUAAAUGGAUCAACAACACAGUUUGUUUUGCAUCUUCUUGGCAUGGACAAGCUAUCAUCGGCUAAGAGACGCAUAUUGGAGUACACAAAGUAUGAAAUGCUGAACAAAGCCUUGGAGGCUUUUGGUGAUCUUGGAGACGAUGAAGAACUAGGACCUGCUGACUGGCCUACUGUGAAAAGAUAUAUUACGAGCCUAAGUAACUUGGAAGGGGAACAAGUGCACCCUCAUACUGCGUCUGAAAGUGAUGCGGAUCUUGACCCUCUGAAUUUGAAAGACAUACGAAUUCGUCUCUUGAAUGGUGUCCAAGCUGCUUACUGGGGUAUGUUAGAUGAAGGAAGGAUCACACAAACUACUGCAAACAUAAUGAUGCAGUCAGUGGAUGAAGCAAUUGAUAUGGUCUCUCACGAGCCUCUGUGUGAUUGGAAAGGCUUAAAGUCCCAUGUUCAUUUCCCAAAUUACUACAGAUUUCUUCAAAGCAUCUGUCCACCGAAAUUGGUUACAUACUUCACUGUGGAAAGGUUGGAGUCUGCAUGUUAUAUUUGUGCGGCCUUUCUUCGUGCCCAUAGAAUUGCGCGUCGACAACUACAUGACUUUAUAGGUGAUAGUGAUGUGGCUUCUACUGUCAUCAGUGAAAGCGAGGCAGAAGGAGAAGAAGCCAAAAAUUUUCUGGAAGAUGUCCGUGUAACAUUUCCUCAGGUUCUCCGUGUGGUUAAAACGAGACAGGUUACUUAUUCCGUGCUGAAUCAUUUGAUUGAUUAUGUCCAAAAUCUUGAGAAGGUUGGGUUAUUGGAAGAGAAAGAGAUGCUUCAUCUCCAUGAUGCAGUGCAGACCGACUUGAAGAAACUUCUGAGAAAUCCUCCUUUAGUUAAGAUGCCCAAAACAGGUGAUUUAGUUAGCGUGCAUCCCUUGCUGGGUGCCCUUCCUUCUGCAGUCAGUGAACCACUCAAAGGCUCAACCAAGGAGACAAUAAAACUACGUGGUGUGACGCUAUACAGAGAGGGCUCCAAGCCAAAUGGUAUUUGGCUUAUAUCUAAUGGGGUAGUCAAGUGGAGUAGUAAGAGUAUAAGAAACAAGCACUCAUUGCAUCCAACUUUUACAUAUGGUAGUACGCUGGGCCUGUAUGAAGUGUUGAGUGGGAAACCAUGUAUCUGUGACAUGAUUACAGAUUCUGUUGUUCUUUGUUUCUUUCUGGAGUCUGAAAAGAUACUUUCGGUGCUUCGGUCAGAUCCUUCAGUAGAAGAUUUCCUCUGGCAGGAAAGUGCUAUCAUUCUUGCAAAGCUCUUGCUUCCUCAAGUAUUUGAGAAAAUGGCAAUGCAAGAACUGAGAGCUCUUGUUGCCGAAAGGUCAGAAAUGACAAUAUACAUUAGAGGAGAAACUAUAGAACUACCUCAACAUUCCAUUGGAUUUUUGUUAGAAGGAUUUAUAAAAACACAAGGUGUUGAGGAAGAACUGAUUACAUCGCCAGCGGCGCUAUGGCCUUCGCAUGGGAAUUCAAGUUUUCGAAGUCCAGAUACAUCAGGAAUUAGGACGGUCAGUUUCUCCCAUCAAGGAUCUUCGUAUCUCGUGGAGACUAGAGCUAGGGUUAUUAUUUUUGAUGUUGCUGCAUUUGAAGCCGACAGUGCUCUUCCAAGAUCAUCUACAUUGGUUCCUCAUUCGGUAGAUCACCCCCUCAGAACCCACAGUCGAGAACAUGGCGGUCUUAUGAGCUGGCCAAAACAUUUCUACAAGGCUAGGCAACAUGGGCAGAGCCAUGAAGAAAAUAAUCACCAAGCAAACAGUAUGUCUGCCAGAGCAAUGCAGCUGAGCGUCUAUGGCAGUAUGGUGGAUGUUCGUGUCCGAAAUCGAAGCUUCGUCAGACCAAGCCAGCCAAAGACUUCACAUAGCCAGUCGUACCCAAGGAUUCCUUUGAACCACAAUCGACCGCUUAUCUCAGUCAAAUCUGAAGGGGCCGCUACUGCAGGGAAGAGCCUCGAGGUGAGGAAGUUCACUAGACCAGCUCCUCAACCUCAGAUGCAGAGCACAGACACGUUGGAAACUCAUGCGGAUGACUCCAGCGAUGACGAAUACGGAGCCGAAGAAGUCAUCGUGAGAAUCGAUUCGCCCAGUCGACUUUCAUUCCGCCAAGCUUCUUGAAAGAGGAAAGGAAGUUCCUUUUCGACAUCGUAAUCAACGUUUGUAAACAAUUGCUUCCAUUGUCUAGUGCAUGUAAAUUUUGUCGCGCCAA